AUGGCCGCGGAGUUGAAGGCAGAGGUGGAGGGCCUCGUGGCCAAGAUCUCCGACAAGGCAGCCGGACAGUCCGCCCUGGAAGGUUUGGCUGCAAUCGCAAAGGACAAGGGGCGUCCGGCCGAACCCUUCUUGGUGGCCGCCUUCCCCAAGAUCCUGGAGGCGUCGAAUGACAAGUCCAAGAACGUGAAGGAUGCCGCUGUCGCAACCAGCAAGGUCAUCAUGGAGAUGGUCUCUCCUUUUGCCGUGGAGCUCCUGCUGCCCUCCUUCCUUAGUGGGCUGGCGGUCAAGGCGAAGCCCACCCAGAAGGAGGCCACCCUGCAAAUCAUUUCUGCCCUGGCUGCCAAAGCUCCCCGCGCCGUGGGCUACCUGCUGGUGAACUUGGUGGCUCCGGUGGCUGAUCUCACCUGCGACAUCAAGAAGGAGGUGAAGACCGCAGCGCUGGAGUGCAUGACCGCCAUCUGCGGAUGCACCGGCAACAAGGACUUGGAGCCCUUCCUGCCAGCUGUGGUAGAUGCUGCCUCCUCCAUCGACAAGACCCACGCCUGCGUGGAAAAACUUGCCGGAUGCAUCUUCGUGCAGAACGUGGAAGCCCCGGCUUUGGCGGUCACCAUGCCCGUGCUGACGCGCGGCCUGAAUGACAAGAACGAGGAGGUGAAGCGCACGUGCUGCCAGAUCGUGGACAACAUGUGCAAGCUCGUCGAGGAUCCUGCAGAGGUGCUGCCGCUGAUGCCCAAGCUCGAACCCCUGGUCAAGAGCGCGACGGAGAAGAUCUCCGAUCCUGAAGCACGAGGUGUGGCUGAAAAAGCCUACAAGACUCUGCAGAAGGCUGCCGGAGAAGGUGCUGAGUCUCUUCAGCAGAUGAAGCUCGAGGAUGCCAAGAAGCAGGUGUCGGAGGCCCUCGGUAGCAGCGCAGGCUCCGGAGACGUCUUCGACGCCGAGCUGACGCAUGUUUCCGCCCUGGCCGCAUGCGCAGCCAACAUGCGCGUCUUCGACGAGGCCCUCUGGAAGAGCGACGUCGGCUACCUGGCGCCGUUUGACUCCAUCACCGAGGCGCUCCGUGCCAAGAUGGAGAUCGCAGCCAAGCCGAAGGAGGAGGUCGAGGAGGAGGACACCGAGGGCGUGGACCUGUACAAGGGUGCUUUCUCCCUCGCCUACGGCACGCUGACCUUGCUGCGCGAUGCGAAGAUGCAUCUCAAGCGCAACCGUUUCUAUGGCCUGCUUGGACCCAACCAGUGCGGCAAGACGACGCUCAUGCGCGCCAUUGCCAACGAGCAGCUGGAGGGCUUCCCCAAGCGUGAUGAGCUCAAGAGUGUCUUCGUCGAGCACGAGAUCGAAGACGAGGAGGUGGGAGUCCAGGAUGAUGGUUUCCCCAUCCUCUCAGUGGACAAGCCCGGAUGGUGGUGGGUCGUCCACACCUGCAACGACAUCUACAAGCUGGACCCUCCCGUCAAGGAGGACACGGUGAAGGAGCUUAUGAAGUCCAUCGGCUUCGGCUACCCGGGUGGCCCCGACCGUGCCGCCAAUUUGGAGCUGCCAGUGACUUCCUACUCCGGCGGCUGGAAGAUGAAGAUGCAGCUCUGCGCUGCGCAGCUGAUGAACGCUGACGUGCUCAUGUUGGACGAGCCGACUGGCCAUCUGGACGUCGACAACAUCAAGUGGCUGGAAGACUGGCUGGAGUCCUUCGAUGGCAGCAUCAUUUGCACCUCCCAUUUCAGCCCAUUCCUGGACAAGAUGUGCACUCACAUCAUCGAUUUCCAGGACCGGAAGUUGAAGACCUUCAAGGGCGUGAAGGGCCAGACCCUCACCCAGUUCGUCGAGAAGUACCCUGAGAAGAAGUCAUACUUCGAGAUCAGGAACGACAACAUGCGGUUCGUGUUCCCGGAGCCGGGUGCACUGGAGGGUGUGAAGAGCCGCAGCAAGGUCAUCCUGCGCAUGAACAACGUCAGCUUCACGUACCCCACCAAGGACAAGCCCACCAUCAUGGACGUGAGCUUGACCGUGUCGCAGGUGAGCCGAGUCGCAGUUAUCGGUGCCAACGGCGCUGGGAAGUCCACAGCGAUCAAGGUGCUGGUGGGAGAGCAGCUGCCCACUGAGGGCACCAUCUGGAAGGCCCAGGGCCUGCGAAUGGCAUACGUGGCACAGCACGCCUUCCACCACUUGGAGAAGCACAUGCAGGAAACUCCCACACAGUACAUCAUGUGGCGCUUUGCGGGCAAUGAUGACCGCGAGAGCAUGGAGUUCAAGACCGAAGACCUGUCCGUUGACGAGGAGAAGGCACGGGCUCAGAAGUGGUGCAUCGACUCCGUCACCGGCAACGUGCGCCGCUGCACCGACCCCAAGGAGGACGCCAAGCCCCGCGGCAAGGCCAAGCAGGACGAGGCCGGUGCCGUUGUCCCGGAUGCCGUUGUCAACCGCCGCCAGAAGAAGAAGGAGAAGACCUUCGAGUACGAGGUGAAGUGGCAGUUCAAGUCUAUGGACAACAACACCUGGGUGGAGAAGGACACCAUGGUGAAGAUGGGCUACAUCAAGCUUGUUCAGCGUGAGGAUGAGCGUCAGGCUGCCAUGGCAGGACUGAUGACGAAGCAGCUCACCCAGCCUGGUGUGGAGAAGCACUUGGCAGACUUCGGCGUUGACGCCGAGUCCGCAAGCCACACGCAGAUCAACCAGCUCAGUGGUGGAAUGAAGGUGAAGAUCGUCCUUGCGGCUGCCAUGUGGCAGAAUCCGCACGUUCUCAUCCUUGACGAGCCGACCAACUACCUGGAUCGCGACGGGCUGGGUGCCCUGAUUCUGGCCAUCAAGGAUUACAAGGGCGGUGUCCUCAUCAUCUCCCACAACAAGGAGUUCUGCGACAGCGUGGCCACGGAGAAGUGGAUCAUGCAGGCAGGCCGCUUGCGCAUCGAGGGCGAGUCUAUCGACAACUCCAAGGAUGACGGCGAUGCAAACAAAGGCCCUGAUGAGGUCUUCGAUGGUGCCGGCAACAAGAUCGAAGUCAAGAAGAGCGUGGCUGGCGAAGUUGCAGGGGUCCCGAAAGCAAACGGAGACGAUGCCGUUGGGUUGCUUCUCGGUCUCGCAAUCGUAAUCGAGGUCACCAUGACCGAGAAGGACAAGAAGAAGUCCAUCAAGGAUAUUGAGAAGAAGAUCAAGGACGGCAAGAAGAAGCAGACGAUGACCGAUGAGGAGAUCUGGGAGCUCGAGGACAAGCUCAACGAGCUGAAGGAGAGCCUGAAGGGCAAGGCAGAGGUGGAGGGCCUCGUGGCCAAGAUCUCCGACAAGGCAGCCGGACAGUCCGCCCUGGAAGGUUUGGCUGCAAUCGCAAAGGACAAGGGGCGUCCGGCCGAACCCUUCUUGGUGGCCGCCUUCCCCAAGAUCCUGGCGUCGAAUGACAAGUCCAAGAACGUGAAGGAUGCCGCUGUCGCAACCAGCAAGGUCAUCAUGGAGAUGGUCUCUCCUUUUGCCGUGGAGCUCCUGCUGCCCUCCUUCCUUAGUGGGCUGGCGGUCAAGGCGAAGCCCACCCAGAAGGAGGCCACCCUGCAAAUCAUUUCUGCCCUGGCUGCCAAAGCUCCCCGCGCCGUGGGCUACCUGCUGGUGAACUUGGUGGCUCCGGUGGCUGAUCUCACCUGCGACAUCAAGAAGGAGGUGAAGACCGCAGCGCUGGAGUGCAUGACCGCCAUCUGCGGAUGCACCGGCAACAAGGACUUGGAGCCCUUCCUGCCAGCUGUGGUAGAUGCUGCCUCCUCCAUCGACAAGACCCACGCCUGCGUGGAAAAACUUGCCGGCAUCUUCGUGCAGAACGUGGAAGCCCCGGCUUUGGCGGCCGUGAGCCCAGAGUUGCGACGCAUUGCACGAGCUGUUGCAAACAAAGUGGCAGCCAUGAAUGACUCUUCACCGAAAUUCUGUGAUCGUCAGAACAUGACGCAGGUCACCAUGCCCGUGCUGACGCGCGGCCUGAAUGACAAGAACGAGGUGAAGCGCACGUGCUGCCAGAUCGUGGACAACAUGUGCAAGCUCGUCGAGGAUCCUGCAGAGGUGCUGCCGCUGAUGCCCAAGCUCGAACCCCUGGUCAAGAGCGCGACGGAGAAGAUCUCCGAUCCUGAAGCACGAGGUGUGGCUGAAAAAGCCUACAAGACUCUGCAGAAGGCUGCCGGAGAAGGUGCUGAGUCUCUUCAGCAGAUGAAGCUCGAGGAUGCCAAGAAGCAGGUGUCGGAGGCCCUCGGUAGCAGCGCAGGCUCCGGAGACGUCUUCGACGCCGAGCUGACGCAUGUUUCCGCCCUGGCCGCAUGCGCAGCCAACAUGCGCGUCUUCGACGAGGCCCUCUGGAAGAGCGACGUCGGCUACCUGGCGCCGUUUGACUCCAUCACCGAGGCGCUCCGUGCCAAGAUGGAGAUCGCAGCCAAGCCGAAGGAGGAGGUCGAGGAGGAGGACACCGAGGGCGUGGACCUGUACAAGGGUGCUUUCUCCCUCGCCUACGGCACGCUGACCUUGCUGCGCGAUGCGAAGAUGCAUCUCAAGCGCAACCGUUUCUAUGGCCUGCUUGGACCCAACCAGUGCGGCAAGACGACGCUCAUGCGCGCCAUUGCCAACGAGCAGCUGGAGGGCUUCCCCAAGCGUGAUGAGCUCAAGAGUGUCUUCGUCGAGCACGAGCGCCUGGGCCAGCAAAGGAUCGAAGACGAGGAGGUGGGAGUCCAGGAUGAUGGCGGUUUCCCCAUCCUCUCAGUGGACAAGCCCGGCAACGACAUCUACAAGCUGGACCCUCCCGUCAAGGAGGACACGGUGAAGGAGCUUAUGAAGUCCAUCGGCUUCGGCUACCCGGGUGGCCCCGACCGUGCCGCCAAUUUGGAGCUGCCAGUGACUUCCUACUCCGGCGGCUGGAAGAUGAAGAUGCAGCUCUGCGCUGCGCAGCUGAUGAACGCUGACGUGCUGGGCCUCGACAGUCCGGUUUUUGAUUACUCGGUGCUCAUGUUGGACGAGCCGACUGGCCAUCUGGACGUCGACAACAUCAAGUGGCUGGAAGACUGGCUGGAGUCCUUCGAUGGCAGCAUCAUUUGCACCUCCCAUUUCAGCCCAUUCCUGGACAAGAUGUGCACUCACAUCAUCGAUUUCCAGGACCGGAAGUUGAAGACCUUCAAGGGCGUGAAGGGCCAGACCCUCACCCAGUUCGUCGAGAAGUACCCUGAGAAGAAGUCAUACUUCGAGAUCAGGAACGACAACAUGCGGUUCGUGUUCCCGGAGCCGGGUGCACUGGAGGGUGUGAAGAGCCGCAGCAAGGUCAUCCUGCGCAUGAACAACGUCAGCUUCACAUACCCCACCAAGGACAAGCCCACCAUCAUGGACGUGAGCUUGACCGUGUCGCAGGUGAGCCGAGUCGCAGUUAUCGGUGCCAACGGCGCUGGGAAGUCCACAGCGAUCAAGGUGCUGGUGGGAGAGCAGCUGCCCACUGAGGGCACCAUCUGGAAGGCCCAGGGCCUGCGAAUGGCAUACGUGGCACAGCACGCCUUCCACCACUUGGAGAAGCACAUGCAGGAAACUCCCACACAGUACAUCAUGUGGCGCUUUGCGGGCAAUGAUGACCGCGAGAGCAUGGAGUUCAAGACCGAAGACCUGUCCGUUGACGAGGAGAAGGCACGGGCUCAGAAGUGGUGCAUCGACUCCGUCACCGGCAACGUGCGCCGCUGCACCGACCCCAAGGAGGACGCCAAGAAGGCCAAGCAGGACGAGGCCGGUGCCGUUGUCCCGGAUGCCGUUGUCAACCGCCGCCAGAAGAAGAAGGAGAAGACCUUCGAGUACGAGGUGAAGUGGCAGUUCAAGUCCAUGGACAACAACACCUGGGUGGAGAAGGACACCAUGGUGAAGAUGGGCUACAUCAAGCUUGUUCAGCGUGAGGAUGAGCGUCAGGCUGCCAUGGCAGGACUGAUGACGAAGCAGCUCACCCAGCCCGGUGUGGAGAAGCACUUGGCAGACUUCGGCGUUGACGCCGAGUCCGCAAGCCACACGCAGAUCAACCAGCUCAGUGGUGGAAUGAAGGUGAAGAUCGUCCUUGCGGCUGCCAUGUGGCAGAAUCCGCACGUUCUCAUCCUUGACGAGCCGACCAACUACCUGGAUCGCGACGGGCUGGGUGCCCUGAUUCUGGCCAUCAAGGAUUACAAGGGCGGUGUCCUCAUCAUCUCCCACAACAAGGAGUUCUGCGACAGCGUGGCCACGGAGAAGUGGAUCAUGCAGGCAGGCCGCUUGCGCAUCGAGGGCGAGUCUAUCGACAACUCCAAGGAUGACGGCGAUGCAAACAAAGGCCCUGAUGAGGUCUUCGAUGGUGCCGGCAACAAGAUCGAAGUCAAGAAGAGCGUCACCAUGACCGAGAAGGACAAGAAGAAGUCCAUCAAGGAUAUUGAGAAGAAGAUCAAGGACGGCAAGAAGAAGCAGACGAUGACCGAUGAGGAGAUCUGGGAGCUCGAGGACAAGCUCAACGAGCUGAAGGAGAGCCUGAAGGGCAAGGCAGAGGUGGAGGGCCUCGUGGCCAAGAUCUCCGACAAGGCAGCCGGACAGUCCGCCCUGGAAGGUUUGGCUGCAAUCGCAAAGGACAAGGGGCGUCCGGCCGAACCCUUCUUGGUGGCCGCCUUCCCCAAGAUCCUGGAGGCGUCGAAUGACAAGUCCAAGAACGUGAAGGAUGCCGCUGUCGCAACCAGCAAGGUCAUCAUGGAGAUGGUCUCUCCCUUUGCCGUGGAGCUCCUGCUGCCCUCCUUCCUUAGUGGGCUGGCGGUCAAGGCGAAGCCCACCCAGAAGGAGGCCACCCUGCAAAUCAUUUCUGCCCUGGCUGCCAAAGCUCCCCGCGCCGUGGGCUACCUGCUGGUGAACUUGGUGGCUCCGGUGGCUGAUCUCACCUGCGACAUCAAGAAGGAGGUGAAGACCGCAGCGCUGGAGUGCAUGACCGCCAUCUGCGGAUGCACCGGCAACAAGGACUUGGAGCCCUUCCUGCCAGCUGUGGUAGAUGCUGCCUCCUCCAUCGACAAGACCCACGCCUGCGUGGAAAAACUUGCCGGCAUCUUCGUGCAGAACGUGGAAGCCCCGGCUUUGGCGGCCGUGAGCCCAGAGUUGCGACGCGUUGCACGAGCUGUUGCAAACAAAGUGGCAGCCAUGAAUGACUCUUCACCGAAAUUCUGUGAUCGUCAGAACAUGACGCAGGUCACCAUGCCCGUGCUGACGCGCGGCCUGAAUGACAAGAACGAGGUGAAGCGCACGUGCUGCCAGAUCGUGGACAACAUGUGCAAGCUCGUCGAGGAUCCUGCAGAGGUGCUGCCGCUGAUGCCCAAGCUCGAACCCCUGGUCAAGAGCGCGACGGAGAAGAUCUCCGAUCCUGAAGCACGAGGUGUGGCUGAAAAAGCCUACAAGACUCUGCAGAAGGCUGCCGGAGAAGGUGCUGAGUCUCUUCAGCAGAUGAAGCUCGAGGAUGCCAAGAAGCAGGUGUCGGAGGCCCUCGGUAGCAGCGCAGGCUCCGGAGACGUCUUCGACGCCGAGCUGACGCAUGUUUCCGCCCUGGCCGCAUGCGCAGCCAACAUGCGCGUCUUCGACGAUGCCCUCUGGAAGAGCGACGUCGGCUACCUGGCGCCGUUUGACUCCAUCACUGAGGCGCUCCGUGCCAAGAUGGAGAUCGCAGCCAAGCCGAAGGAGGAGGUCGAGGAGGAGGACACCGAGGGCGUGGACCUGUACAAGGGUGCUUUCUCCCUCGCCUACGGCACGCUGACCUUGCUGCGCGAUGCGAAGAUGCAUCUCAAGCGCAACCGUUUCUAUGGCCUGCUUGGACCCAACCAGUGCGGCAAGACAACACUCAUGCGCGCCAUUGCCAACGAGCAGCUGGAGGGCUUCCCCAAGCGUGAUGAGCUCAAGAGUGUCUUCGUCGAGCACGAGCGCCUGGGCCAGCAAAGGAUCGAAGACGAGGAGGUGGGAGUCCAGGAUGAUGGCGGUUUCCCCAUCCUCUCAGUGGACAAGCCCGGCAACGACAUCUACAAGCUGGACCCUCCCGUCAAGGAGGACACGGUGAAGGAGCUUAUGAAGUCCAUCGGCUUCGGCUACCCGGGUGGCCCCGACCGUGCCGCCAAUUUGGAGCUGCCAGUGACUUCCUACUCCGGCGGCUGGAAGAUGAAGAUGCAGCUUUGCGCUGCGCAGCUGAUGAACGCUGACGUGCUGGGCCUCGACAGUCCGGUUUUUGAUUACUCGGUGCUCAUGUUGGACGAGCCGACUGGCCAUCUGGACGUCGACAACAUCAAGUGGCUGGAAGACUGGCUGGAGUCCUUCGAUGGCAGCAUCAUUUGCACCUCCCAUUUCAGCCCAUUCCUGGACAAGAUGUGCACUCACAUCAUCGAUUUCCAGGACCGGAAGUUGAAGACCUUCAAGGGCGUGAAGGGCCAGACCCUCACCCAGUUCGUCGAGAAGUACCCUGAGAAGAAGUCAUACUUCGAGAUCAGGAACGACAACAUGCGGUUCGUGUUCCCGGAGCCGGGUGCACUGGAGGGUGUGAAGAGCCGCAGCAAGGUCAUCCUGCGCAUGAACAACGUCAGCUUCACAUACCCCACCAAGGACAAGCCCACCAUCAUGGACGUGAGCUUGACCGUGUCGCAGGUGAGCCGAGUCGCAGUUAUCGGUGCCAACGGCGCUGGGAAGUCCACAGCGAUCAAGGUGCUGGUGGGAGAGCAGCUGCCCACUGAGGGCACCAUCUGGAAGGCCCAGGGCCUGCGAAUGGCAUACGUGGCACAGCACGCCUUCCACCACUUGGAGAAGCACAUGCAGGAAACUCCCACACAGUACAUCAUGUGGCGCUUUGCGGGCAAUGAUGACCGCGAGAGCAUGGAGUUCAAGACCGAAGACCUGUCCGUUGACGAGGAGAAGGCACGGGCUCAGAAGUGGUGCAUCGACUCCGUCACCGGCAACGUGCGCCGCUGCACCGACCCCAAGGAGGACGCCAAGAAGGCCAAGCAGGACGAGGCCGGUGCCGUUGUCCCGGAUGCCGUUGUCAACCGCCGCCAGAAGAAGAAGGAGAAGACCUUCGAGUACGAGGUGAAGUGGCAGUUCAAGUCCAUGGACAACAACACCUGGGUGGAGAAGGACACCAUGGUGAAGAUGGGCUACAUCAAGCUUGUUCAGCGUGAGGAUGAGCGUCAGGCUGCCAUGGCAGGACUGAUGACGAAGCAGCUCACCCAGCCCGGUGUGGAGAAGCACUUGGCAGACUUCGGCGUUGACGCCGAGUCCGCAAGCCACACGCAGAUCAACCAGCUCAGUGGUGGAAUGAAGGUGAAGAUCGUCCUUGCGGCUGCCAUGUGGCAGAAUCCGCACGUUCUCAUCCUUGACGAGCCGACCAACUACCUGGAUCGCGACGGGCUGGGUGCCCUGAUUCUGGCCAUCAAGGAUUACAAGGGCGGUGUCCUCAUCAUCUCCCACAACAAGGAGUUCUGCGACAGCGUGGCCACGGAGAAGUGGAUCAUGCAGGCAGGCCGCUUGCGCAUCGAGGGCGAGUCUAUCGACAACUCCAAGGAUGACGGCGAUGCAAACAAAGGCCCUGAUGAGGUCUUCGAUGGUGCCGGUAACAAGAUCGAAGUCAAGAAGAGCGUCACCAUGACCGAGAAGGACAAGAAGAAGUCCAUCAAGGAUAUUGAGAAGAAGAUCAAGGACGGCAAGAAGAAGCAGACGAUGACCGAUGAGGAGAUCUGGGAGCUCGAGGACAAGCUCAACGAGCUGAAGGAGAGCCUGAAGGGCAAGGAGUGCGGCUCAUGGCGAGCAGGCUGGGGAAAAGCCCCAGCGCCCAUCUCCCUCUUCCCAAGGUCACCGGUCACUGUCUUAGGAAACUUCAUUUGUGGAGUGCUGCUCAGGAGAGCUGCGAAGGCCAGUGCCAGAGAAGCCUGGACGAAGGUACCUGGGCUGGAGCUGGUCGAGGCACCGGAGAGCCUGGGGGAUGCUGGGUGCAAUCGAGUUGUGGGGGCAUCGGGUGCUGCCGCUGCUAGCUUCUGCAGCGCGCAUGUCAGGCGGUCCGCUCGGUGCCGACUUGCUCGUUCUGCGCUGGUCGAACAACUCACCGAGGCAUCCGAGGCUCUGGAGGUGCUCCGUGGCAAAUGGGAUGCUGUCGAGCUUGGCGAGGCAGAGCGCCUGCAGCCGCUGGCAGAUGAGGAGGUCGCGAUUCGAGAAGCCAUGCGGACCUUGGAAUUUGGGGAUCCGGCAGAGAUCCAAGCAAUACCACAGAUUCCAAGUGCAGAUCCCGUUGUGGCUGGGUACUAUCGCGCUGCACGUGCUCUGCUUGAGCUGGAGGUGGCGCAGAAGGAGUGGGAGGUCCGCACGGCCCAGGCUGCUGGAUUUGAUCAGCCAAGCUCUCCAGAAGUGGGCGCCUUCGCCAGCAGGCUUCUUGGAAUCGCACUCCUCCGCAUUCGGCUGUUCCAGCACUCCGAGGCGUACGAACUGCUGCAGCGUGCGCUUCCCACCAUGCUGGCCACGCAGCAGUUCGUGGGUUCAGAGGGCGCUGCGGCUAAGCAUUGGCUGCAGAACCUGUGCCGCAGCACAGCCAUGAGCCAGAUGCUCCGAGAGCCGGGUCACAUGCAAGGCGUUGAUAUCUCGAACAGCGAGCAUGUGGAACGCUUGCAGGCGCUCCGCGAAGGGCUUCGGACCUGUGGAUAUGCUGCAAAGGACAUACUGGGCAUGACUCAGGUCCCGACCCUUGAGAUGUUCGCCGACGACGACCUGUGCGGGCAAGCAGCUGAUGCUUUGCUGGCCAGUGCACCGCGAGGAAAGCCGGGACUUGCAGAGCUUGUGCGGUUCUUCCUUUUGAGCAGGCCUGUGCCGCUCAAGCAGCUGACAGAGCUACUGGGCUCCACCUGUAUGGAGUUCCUUCUAGAGAAGCAAGCCGUCACCGUGAUCCGUGGCCCCUCCUGUGCCCUGGUCAAGGCAGACGACGCGCUGAAGGCUUUGGAGAAUCCCUCAGAUGAUUUCUACUGCUUUGCGAACAUCAAGAUUUGGCCAGUGGAGGACCUUCUCAUUGCCACGGAUCGGCAAACCUGGCCGUCUCAGGGAUUUGAGCCAGUGAUGUACCUUUCGGACGACUCCUGGGGGCUCAUUUAUGGAGCGCCACGAGAACAAGUGGACUCAGUGCUGGACCUCUGCACUGGCAGCGGCGUCCAAGGGCUAGUAGCCCUGCAAAAUUACGCCGAAACCGCAACCUUCGUUGACUUGAAUCCUCGCGCUCUGGACUUUGUGCGCUUCAACGUCGCUUUGAAUGGCCUUUCGCAGAAAGUUUCUGGCAUCUACGAAGGCAAUCUAUACCAGGCGCUGCCUCCAGAAUCUGGGCCCUUUGAUGCCAUCUUGGCCAAUCCGCCCUUCCUCCCGAACCCGCGCGGCAUCGGCUCGCAGUGUUCGGCGAAAUUUGGGGACGGAGGUGAUUUCGGGGAAGAUAUCUUGGAGGCAAUUAUGCAAGGCGUGGCAGACCACCUGAAGCCUGCUGGGCACCUCAGCGCAGUCACAUAUGCCCCGAACACCCCAGAGAUGGCAGAGAGGAUCUUGCGAUACCUGAAGAGUCCUGACGAGAUGUCGCCGUGCAUCACGGUCUUCAGCAGCAAGCUGAAGCCAGCCAAGGAGUUCAAGCCUGUGUCCAGCGCGGUUGAAGCCGUGCGAUAUCAGGAGGCACUCGACGAGGUUGGGAUCAAGACAAUGGCCGAGGCCAUCACUGUGGUGAGCUUCGACGAUAAAGCUGCGCAGACGCACUUUCUCCUCAAGGAGCAUCUUUUCCAGGAUGAGGGCUACUUGAGAAGUCUCUGGAAGCAGCACUUGGAUGGCUGCUCGAAGACUUGA